CUGCGGGGCACUGUUGUGCCAAGUAUCUCCGGUUGUGCUGCAUAGCCAGUGAAACACGGCGAAGAAGUGGGUAUACAGAGCAUGUUUAAUUGACAUGCUCAGCAUAACUAUGUCAAAGUUGUCCGUGAAAGAACAGAGUGGCUGUAAAAAACUGUUGAAAUUGGUAUCUGAAGAGGACUUGUUGGCUCUUAAAGAUACAGUAACGAAUCGCCUGAUUGCUGUCGAGAGUGCAGAAGAGGCCGUUGAUGCCAUAAUAAUUUACUCUCAAGAUGCAGAAGAACUCCUGAAGAGAAAGAAGGUCCAUCGUGAUGUCAUUUUUAAGUAUCUUGCCAGUGAGGGGGUCGUCAUUCUUCCUAACCCUGAAAAACAUCAGUUAAUCAGAAUGACCCUUGAGUUUUGGUCAUCUGGUGAGAUUUCUUCACGUGAGAUUGGAGAUGGAUUAUCAGACCUUACAGCUUUGGGUAAGCAGUUUUGUCAGUGGUUCUUCAGCCUUCUCAACUCUCAGAACCCCACAUAUGGGCAGGUGGUACAGGAGUGGGGUCCUCAGCAUUUCUGGCCUGAUGUAAGACUAAAGCUUUUGUUAUGCACCGGAGAGCAGCGUGUAGAUGAGUUUAAUGGUGCAGAACUGGUUAGUCAGCGGCUUUACGCUCUUGUUGGACAAGAACGUCUGUCCUUCUGUCCAAACCUGGAGCGAUUUGGAUUCAAAUGUAUUUCUUCACCUCAUGGAUUGGUGUUAGUGGCAGUAGCAGGAACCAUCCACCGUGACAAUGCCUUUCUUGGAAUUUUUGACCAGGUGUUUGGGCUUAUUCGAUCACCACAGGACAAUAAUCACUGGAAGAUAAAGUUUGUAAAUGUGAAAAUAAAAUCACAAAGUGACUUUUCUGAAAGACAGUUACCAAUAAUUACAUACGACUCAAGUGAGUUGCUGAGACUUUGUAAUUGAAAGUGACAGGCCAGCAAGUGAUCUGUGUGGUCAGUUUUUUUUACAUCUCUAGCAAGAAGAUGCACCAUUCAUUCAAACGGUCAUAGCUGAUGUUUGUUUUAUGCAAAUAACAAUAUUAUGGACUGUUUUUUCAUAUUAAUCUUAGUGUAUGAAACAUCUAGAACGGAUCAUGUUUUUAUACCUUUCUUUUUUCUCCAAGGAGUUUGGCUUACAUCUCAAUUUAUGUUUUUUGGGGUUGAAACACUGAAAGUGAAAUUACGUAAUUUCUUUUGAAUCUGUGUCUCAUUUUAUCUUAACAAAUAAAAUUUUUCCACUGUGUUUUUAAGCUCUAUCAUUCAGCUCAUUAAAUUCAUAUUUGAAAUCUCCAAAAUUACCACAAAUUGGAAACCUUUACUUUAGUAUUAUUUAUUUUACUUGCAAUCAGUGCCCUGAUGAUGUUAUAUAAAAAUGUUCUUAAAUUCUGUAUCAGUUAUUUUUACAUCAUUACAAGUCCAACAUUCACCUCUUUUUUAUAUAAAAAAUAUCUUCCUCUUUAACUUCAUACAUGGUAGACAAUAUUAAUAUUAAGACCCAAAACUGGACAUUGUAAUCUAACUCCUAUUGAAUACUUUGAUUGUUGUGAAAGUCUUUAACAGUGGAAAAUAUUUUUAAAACAUAUUUUCUCUUGAAACUUCUCUACAGGGACUCCUUGGAAAAUCAUUCCGUUUUCAAAAAUGUAAUGUACUGUAGGGGUGUAACAUUCAAUUUUUCUCAUUACAAGACUUUAGUAUCAUGACUAGGGGUCGACCGAUAUGGGUUUUUGUGUGACCGAUGCCGAAAUUUAGAAAUCAGGACAGCCAGUGGCAGAUAUAUGAUGCUGAUUUUUUUGGCUGAUUUUCUUUUGUCCACCUUCAUAUCAUAAAAUUUACAGUUACAGUUGAAGUCAAAAGUUUUCAUCACCCUUUGAAGAUUAUGGAAAAUGCUGAAAAUUUGGGAAAAUGAAGAGGAAUCUUUACAAUUAAGGUUAAUUUUAAUUUAGUCCUGCCCUGAACAAGUUAUUUUACGAAAGAAAUGUAAACAUGAAGUUCACCAAAGAAUAAUAGAAUUUCUAAAAAUAUCCCAGGUCAAAAGUUUACAUGCCCCUGAUUAUUAAUACUGUAUGAUGAUACCUGAACAAUCAAUGACAGUUUUUGUCAUAGUUUUUUUUAAGGGUUUUUUGUUUGUCCUGGGUUAUUAAACUGUCUACUGAUCUUCAGAAAAAUUAUCCAGGUCCUCUAGAAUCUUUGUUUUUUUCAGCAUUUCUGUAUAUUUUACUAAUGUCCAGCAGUAACUGUAUGAUGUUGAGAUUCAUAUUUUUACAUUGAGGACAAUCAAGAGUGUGAUAGAUAUUGCCAGAGAAUGAAACACAGCCAAACAAUAAAAAAGAAUCAUAACAGUAAUAAAUGGUGAAAGAAGAAAAAACUUAACAAAAAUCCAGAUACAGACUUGAACCCCAGCACACUACAUGACUGUCCCACACACUUAUCCAAGGACACUUAUAUACUGGCGAGCCAGCACCAAUAAAUAAUCAUAGGGAAACACAAUAAAUGAGCAGAAUACACGAGACAUAUUGACUACAGGUAUAAGCAAAACAAUUAAAGUUAUACCAUGUAAAAACAAGAAAAAGGUGAAAACACAGAAGACAGACAUACCCACAUACAAACGCUCCACACACACAAUAUGCACAUGUACUAACACACACACGCACGCACGCGCAUACACACACACACACACACAGAGACAUGUACAUGUACAGAGCACACACACAGACACACGCACGCACAGUGAAAGCACACAUUUAAGAUGAAGGAGAGAGAAACAGGUCAAAUAUUAAACAGACUAUAAAUUCCUAUAUGCAAUAUAAAUUAUGUAAAACUUAAAAAUUCUAAUGGUAAAGCAGCCCCCCAGCCAGGCAAAUGGUGUGUAAACAGUAUGCAAAUGGUGGCGAGGGACCCAAAACUCCAAUCGAGAAAAAAACCUCAGGAGAACCCAGGCCCAACCAGGGGAUUCCAGUUCCCCUUUGGCAAAAGCUGCUGCCUCUGCACAAGCUCGGCAGUGCUUGCACAACAAAGCUAAAUAAAAAUGAAUAAAAUAGCAUUUGAAAUUUUGUAGUGAAGACGUGUCAAGUCGCCACGUCCUUCUUUAUCCAGUUCUAUUAUCUCAGCUCUUGUCAGGUCGCCGCUGCCCAUUCUCCGCUCUACCAUCAGGUCUGGGCAUAAACUGCAUCCUGCUCGCUGUGAUAACCUUGGAAAAAUGAGACAAGACUGGCUGAGCGUAGAGUACUGUUCUGCACUCUUUGAUGUAUGCAAGAUUAAAAAGAUGCGUCUUUAGUCUCGAUUUAAACUGACAGAGUGUGUCUGCCUCCCGGACAGUGCGUGUCUGCCUCCCGGACAGUGCAGGGAAGACUAUUCCAAAGUUUAGGCGCUAGAUAGGAAAAGGAUCUACCACCUGCACUUGAUUUUGAAAUUCUAGAUAUUACCAGUUGACAGGAUGCCUGAGAGCGUAAUGCACGUGAAAGACUGUUAAUACAAGAGGAGUUCACUCAGGUACUGAGGAGCUAAACCAUGUAGGGAUUUAUAGGUAAUAAGCAAGAUUUUAAAGUUAAUGCGAUGCUUUAUAGGUAACCAGUGCAAGGUUGACAGAACUGGGCCAAUAUGUUCAUACUUUUUUGUACGUGUAAGAACUCGAGCUGCCGCGUUUUGGACCAGUUGGAGUUUUUGUAAUAAGCCUGCAGGGCAACCACCUAACAGUGCAUUACAGUAAUCUAGUCUUGAUGUCAUGAAUGCAUGAAUUAACUUCUCUGCAUCUGACAGUGACAGCAUAUGACGUAGUUUAGAUAUAUUCUUAAAAUGGAAAAAGGCAAUUUUACAGGUGUUGGCGACAUGGCUCUCAAAUGGCAGAUUACUAUCGAAUAGAACGCCAAGAUUCUUAGAUUACGACAAGGGUUUUAUGGAACAUCCAUCAAUAGUUAAGGAAUAUUCUUGGUUGUUACGUAUGGCGAUUUUCGGUCCAAUAAGUAACACUUCUGUUUUGUCCGAGUUCAGUAAUAAAAAGUUGUUACUCAUCCAGUUUUUUAUAUCGACUAUGCAUUCCAUUAUUCGAUGGAACUGCUGUGUUUCAUGAGGCUUCGAGGAAAUAUAAAGUUGAGUGUCAUCAGCAUAGGAGUGAAAGCUAACUCUGUGUCGCUUUAUUAUAUCUCCUAGAGGUAGCAUGUAUAAUGCGAAGAGCAGAGGCCCUAAGACUGAGCCCUGUGGUACACUGUACUGGACUUGCAAUUUGCAUGACACAAUGGUGUCACGUGAUCAAUGGUGUCGUGAUCAAUGGUGUCGAAUGCAGCACCUAUAACUAAGGUAUAAGGUCUAGCAACACCAAUAACGAGAUACAACCUCGGUCAGACGCCAAUAGCAGAUAAUUUGUAACUCUGAUCAAAGCAGUCUCUGUACUGUGACAUGCUCUUAAUCCAGACUGGAAUUCUUCAUUGAUGUCAUUCCUUUGGAGGAACUUUUUCCAGAACUUUAUAUAUGAAAGAUAGAUUCGAUAUAGGCCUGUAGUUCCCUAGUUCUCUAGGGUCAAGUUGGGGUUUUUUGACAAGAGGCCUUAUAACAGCCACCUUAUAUGCUUUAGGCACAUGUCCCAAUGUCAGAGAUGAGUUAAUAAUACUAAGAAGAGGAUCUAUAAUUUCUGGGAGCAUCUCUUUCAGUAGAUUUGUAGGUAUAGGGUCUAGCAUGCAUGUUGUUGACUUAGAUGAUCUAAUGAUUUUAGACAGUUCAUUGUGAUGUAGAAAAUAAUUGCAAUUUCUCCUUAGGGGCGCUGUAGUUCAGCGGGUUUCACUUCUGGUUACAUUGUUAUAAUUUUUUAUCCAAUAUCUUGGAUUUUAUUUGUGAAGUAGUUCAUAAAUUCAUCAUUGUUAUGCUGAUAUCCAGAAUCUGAAGUCGCUGACGAUUUAUUUUUUGUUAAAUUAGCCACUGUGUUAUAUAAAAACCUAGGGUUGUUCUGGUUUUCUUCUAUUAGUGAUGAAAAGUAGGCAGAUCUAUACGUUUUUAGGGCUUUCCUGUAUUUUCGAGUACUAUCUUCUUCCAUGCUGUACGAAAUACCUCUAAUUAAGUUUUCUUAUAGUUGCGCUCCAUUUUUUGGGCCGCUUUCUUUAGAGCCUGAGUGUGUUCAUUAUACCACGGUGUUGAGCUGCCAUUUUUAAUCUUCUUUAAACGCAGAGGAGCAAUUGUGUCUAGCGUUUCCGAGAAGGUGGAGUUAAAAUUUUCAAUUGUAAUGUCAAGAUCUUCAACGUUAUUUCUCAUGCUAGAGAUUUGAGACCAUUCAGGCAGAUUAUCGAGAAACGCAUCUUUGGUAGUUGAAGUUAUUGCUUUACCAUAUUUGUAACAAGGAGUUUGAUUUGCAGCCGUAGGCCAGUGAAGCAAACAUAAUACCAGAUAAUGAUCCGAAAUGUCUUCACUCUCCUGAAGGAUUUUAACAUCGUCCACAUUUAUACCAUAAGACAGUAUUAAAUCUAAAGUAUGAUUACGAAGGUGAGUGGUCCUGACACAUGUUGACUAACACCCAUGGAGUUAAGAGUGUCUUUGAAAGCCAUUCCUAAGCAGGCCCGGUUCCUGCCAGGUGCAGAAGGGUGGGCUAGCAGGUAUCCUGGGUGGGAAUAUACCCCAACCAGAAAAAAUUCAAAAACCAUUUAAACAUUUUUUUUUUCAUUUUUCUGAUAAGAUAAGAAUGUGUUUUGGUAAAAUUAUCAAUUUUGUUUAUUUCUGUGAAUGACAUUUCCCUCAAAUUUCAUAUAAAAAUGUUGUUUUUAUUUGCAUUUAUUGCCAAAAAACAAAACAAGUUCAUAUUUAGUUUUAAACAACUCAAAACUAAUGUUUGUAGGCCUACAUGUAUUAGAAAAAGUUAAAAAGAUGAUUUAUGAAUCUGCUUUUUAAAAUGAGUUUAUUAUCAUGCUCUCAGUCUUUCAUAUUGCUGUUGUAUGGAGGACUA